UGUGGGCGGAGCCCUGAGGUGUGCCGGGCGUCCGCUGCGGCGGUUUGGAGAGGCGGAACUCUAUCUUCUCCUCAAUUAUCAUGUGAGGGGUUAAGAAUUUAAUGGGGGGCAAAGUGUGGAAGAGGACUAGGAUCCAAACUGGCGGAUUUCCCGACCUUCGCUGCCCUCUCGGCUCUCCCGCCAGCCGCGCUACCAGGGUGUAUCUCCCCUAUUCCAUCCCUGAAACAGCCUCUUUCAGCUGUGUAAAUGAGAAUGUCCUUGGCUCAGAGAGUACUCCUCACCUGGCUUUUCACACUCCUCUUCCUGAUCAUGCUGGUGUUGAAGCUGGAUGAGAAGGCGCCCUGGAACUGGUUCCUCAUAUUUAUUCCAGUCUGGAUAUUUGACACUAUCCUCCUCGUCAUGCUGAUUGUGAAAAUGGCUGGGCGGUGUAAGUCUGGCUUUGACCCUCGACAUGGAUCACAUAACAUUAAAAAGAAAGCCUGGUACCUCGUUGCAAUGUUACUGAAGUUAGCCUUCUGCCUCGCACUGUGUGCUAAACUGGAACAGUUUACUAACAUGAAUCUUUCCUAUGUCUUCAUUCCUUUAUGGGCCUUACUGGCUGGCGCUUUAACAGAACUUGGAUAUAAUGUCUUUUUUGUGAGAGACUGACUUCGAGUACAUCGUCUCAUUUCUGUUGCUGUUUAACAAGCUAUACAGUGUUCUGAAUCUUUGCAGAUUUCAGUAACAGAGAACUGAGGGGAAAUACCAAGUGUAGUCUUAAACUACUACACAACAGGAUUGGUGAGGCAUGAACUUAUAGCCAACCCAAAGCUGAAUUUAUUCAAUAUUUGAGUUAUUGAUAUCUCUAUUAUCCCUGUGUAAAUAAAGCUUGUUUGUAACCCAUUUUCCCACAUGCCUCCUACCUUGAUGUAAAUAGAAAGCCUUUAGUUACAUAACUGUGUUAAGUUUACUGGACUGUGGCUCUGUAAUAACAAGUAAAUAUGCUUACAAAUUACGAAGGAAAAAACUUGUAUGGAAAUAUUUUAGGGAUCCCACCUCAGUUUCAACUCAAGAGUCUUCAUUUGGCAUUUUUAUUUAGGAUAGACUUAGAGCUCUUUCUACUGCUUAGGAUGAAUGA